GCCAACAUUUCGUGCUUUCCUUUCUUAACUUUAGUUCAACAGAAAGGGACACUACGGAGUGGGCCAGGUGUUACAGUUGUUCGACCAGAUUUAUACAAUUUAAUGGCAUUGCUAUAAUUACCAAUGUUUUUACUAGAGUUGUCUCAGAUUUUGUAGAAAUCGUUCCCAUUCAGUACUUGUUAUAGUAAUAAUGCGGUUAAUUGUAAUCGUGAUUUUUACAGCUACGCUGUUGCCCGUUUGUCGUUUUCUCGAUACCGGUCUGGAUUUGGAAAGCGACUGCAAUCCGGCGCCAGAGGUCACACCACCAGCUACUGCAGUGCCAUCGCCAUCUUUACGCACCGAUUUGUUGACUCAAGAAGAAUGCUUGGUCUAUCUCCAGAUGCACGAAGACACCAAACGCUGCAGUCCAAUCCGUUGGCUGGCCGAUUGUCAGGCCUCUGCCUCGUCGUUCCUGAUAGCCGCGACCCGAACGUACAUCAACGUGGGUUGCUCCGGGGAAGAUCGUGCCACCCUAGCCAAUCUGACGCGCUUCAUCAGUACAGUCAGUCCGCAACGCGCGGCCAUCAUCAGUCUGCAGGAGCGCAACGACACCACGGAUACCGUACAUUCUGACGUCAUCGACCCGCUUCGCCAGCAGCUGGUGGAGAUCACCGUCGCUCCGUGUACGACACCGCUGACCACCGCCAAAAUCUACAACCUGGGUGUUCUGCCGGCGCUCGUUACACUGAUCCUGGAAGACGGUCACCAGAUGAUCGUUGGGAAGAGAGAUUUCUCCCGGAUGCCAGGGAUUCGUAUGAUCGUCUUGAAGUUGUGCAGUAUGGCCUCGCUGGAACUGUACACCUUCACCGAUCUGCCGCAACUGCAGAGUAUUACGUUAGACAGCCACGUCGUCAACUAUCUGUACAAUAUCCGAAAUAUCCAGCUAGGUUCCAAGCGCCGGAUCGAACCGAUGCCCGAGAAAUUCAGUGCAGAGGAUGUGCAGUGGUGGCGCACUCUGCACUGUGACUGCGCGUUAGCGUGGUUCCGCAAUUUUCUUAAACAGAAACCGUUUCUCAUGGCGGCGAGACGAGCGGGGGCGGUGGCAACUAUCGGUACCUACCGAACGCCGUCGCUGGAUUUUGGACGCUUUCCCGAUGUGCUUAGUGUGGACUGCGCAAAGGAACUGGUCUACGACAACAUCCAUGCCGGCAGCCAGUUCUCCUACAACACCUCUUGCCAUAAUUUGCACUGUCCAGUUUAAGAUGGCUUUGUCACCCGAAAAGUACAGCUAUGAGGCUUUAAAAGUGUGUGCCCUUCAACUACACUGGAAUUACUACACUAAACAUCACAUUAACUCUGUGCAAAAAGGCGAGAUUUCAUGUGCAAAAACUCUGAACUGCAGUCACGAUAAUUACGGUAAAAAUUGUUACCAGAAGCCAGAAAAUUAGUGU